AUGUCUACCUCAACAACAUCAAAGCCCUCAGUGCCAAUCACCCUCUCAGCGGAGGCAAUCGAUGACCUCAUCUACGACGCCCGCGCCGGCGACCUCGAAGCCCUGGACGAGGAUGUAGCCAACCUAGCCAGCCAGCACAGCUGCAACGAGUCCCAGAUUGUUGCCUCAGCCAUCGACCUCGCAGAGCAGAGUGAGGGCGGCUCAGGGUCUUGCGUGCUGCACUUCCCUGCUGCUAAUGGAAACAUCGAAAUUCUCAACGCCCUUCUCCAAAAACUCUCCGCCGCAGACGCUGCGCAGCGCACGGCACUUGUCAACCACCGUAACUACUCCGGCAACACGCCUCUGCACUGGGCUGCGCUGAACACGCACCUGGAAUGUGUCAAGGCUCUUGUUGGCGCUGGUGCUGAUCUUACUGUUAAGAAUGAUGCUGGUCAUGAUGCUGUUUUCCUUGCUGAGCGGAAGGCUUGGGAGGCUCUUGAGAAGGAUGCUCAGGGUGAGGACGAGGGUGAAGGUCAGGAUGAGACUGCCGAGACGCAGGAGAUUGAGAUGACUAUUGGUGAAGGUGAGGGCGAGGGCGAGGAUAAGGGUGCUGGGGAGAUGUCUGCGGGCAGACAGGUUGUUGAGUGGUUGCUUGCUUCGGAUGUUGCUGCUAGUCUUGAGAAGGGUGCUACUGAGGGUUCUGGUGAGGGUAGUGCGUCUGCUUGA